AUGCAACUCUCUAUUCUUUCACUCCCUCUGGUCGCUGCCCUGGUGGCGGCUAUUCCCAAUGCUCCCGGCGCAAAGAUUACGCCAGCUCCCUUUGCGAACAAGCGCGAUCUGCAACAAAUCACCGUCACCAUCGUCAACAGCAUGGGCGAGGACCUCAGCACUUCGGUAGCCAGCAACGGCGGAGAUGCAACUCUCGUGUCGGGCGGAGGCACGGGCACACUAGCCGCCAACUCUCAGGCGACCAUCGUGGCGCCGCAGAACUGGAACGGCAAUGUCGCCUUUGGACUGGCCAAAUAUAGCGAGAUGGAUGUCCCGUCUCUUAUCGAGCCCGGUCUGACGCAGGUCAGCGGUACCUACAUGAUGGAUAUUGAUGUGUCCUACGUCAACGGCUACACCGUCCCCAUCACCUGCACCUGCAACGACGACAACAGCUUCCUUUCGGGCUGCAGCACGGAUUUGUUUUCGGUGGGCACAUGCGGCCAGGACGGCGAGACGGACAUCCAGGCGGCGGGCGCCUGCCAGAACCCGACCAACGAGGCGAGCGGCAGCGCGACGUCCGCCAGCCCCUUUUUCGCCCCCUGCGCCGGCAAGGCGUACACGUUCCCCAAUGACAACGGUGCCAACAGCGAGGGCAAGUGCACUUCGGGGGCUGCUACGUGCUGCGUCGGCACUUCGGCGAAUGGUUGCCCUUCGACUUAG